AUGGCCGAGCGAAAGCCGUUGUUUCGAUGUCUGGGCGGCUUGUGCACGCGUCAGAAAUGGGUGUCACAGGUAAAGGAGCCAAACAAGCUUUCCAUGCCAUCUGACAUAAGUCAUGAUGAUACUGAUGCGUCAGAGGUUCCAGUUAUGCAGGAACUCCCGCCAUCAUCGAUUGAAGUACUGCCAAAGACUGUGAUAGAUACGGUAAUUCAACCUUUAUCAUGUGCUUCGACAAGAAGGGGCUCUGAUGAGAAGGAGCCGGGAGAUCCCACCCCGUUGAUUACUGAAGAUGUCUAUGACCCAUUGAUAAUGAGUUUUUCACCUAGGGUCUCACGUCGUAGCAGUGAGAGUACUGCGGUAAAGAGUUUGGUUGGUUUGGAAAAGAUGCCUACGACAACUGUUGCCCCUGAUGUCAGUGACACUGCUGAGACUAACCACUUUUGGUAUGGUAUGACCUUAUUCCGUGGCGAUAGCAAAAAGUGCGUAUCUAACAGCGACAACAAGUGUGAUGCAUAUGUAUCAGUUUUGGACGAGCACCUUUCUACUGAUAUUUCCGAUAACCGUUCUGAGUCUAAUAUGGAGCCAUGUCAGUCCAGUUUGCGUUAUUACGAGCUUAUGAGCCACCGUAUAUCUGAUGAUUGGAGCAGUUUGAAUUCCCGUGUCUACGACGCCCUGUUGCAGUACUUCACAGGUUCAGGUCUUCCUUCCAAUGAGAAUAUAACUAAGGAGUGGGCGAACAACGUGAAGAUUUUGAUGGACAGGAAGUCCGCGAGGAUUGUUAAUGCUUUUAAAACUGCCUACGAGGGGCAGCUCGACUUGGUGUCAUCCUAUAUGAUAUGCCAAUCUGUGUUUACGGCUCAAAAGGGUAUGCGUAUCGACCUUAUAUUACGUGCCCGAGUUUUACCCUCGGCUGUUAAUUUAAGGAAUACUCUACAAUACACUUAUAACUACAUACCUCGCAGUGCUUCUACGGAUUUGUCUGGUGGUGGACCUACCUAUGUGAACAAGUUUUUAUUCGACUGUCUGAAGCGCAAUUCACGUCGCACAGUAUCAUUCACGCGUGAUGUAUCAUCUGUGCAUGGUGAUGAUUUACACGUGGCUACUGCGGAGUCUGUGAGCCAAGUUUGUGAGGGUGAUUCUAUCGAGAUCCCUGUGGUGUUGAUGAACGCUUUGGGCAAUACGGAUAUUGAGAGCAUAAAGUUCCUGCCAUUACGCCGUCAGGCAAUGAACGGUGAUCCAUCGUCAUCACUUGACAAGUUGCAUCGCGAGUGGUAUACAGUUGGUCCUAAUUCACAAUAUCUCCAGCAGCUAUUCCCUAGCGAUAUUGAUGAUUAUUCAUUAGUUCAGCCGGAGAAGUUACAGCCUGAGCUUACCCACCAGGUGACUCAGGUUGCGGGUAUUGACGUGAUUACGUCUCGUUCUAUGUUCCUUGCUUCUAGGCCAGGUAACCUUAUAAUACGUGGUGAGAGUGUAGCCUAUUUUUGUGCUAUUGACGCCGAUGCCUAUUUGAGAACGUUCAAAUACGACGGUACCUUCGAUCGCACGCGUCUAGCGCAUGUCGCCAGGAAACGGGAGGCUUCAGCGGUUUCACCUGCAAUAUCUUCACCUUAUAAAUACGUGGAGCUUGACGAUGCUUUACGGCUCUUGAAGGAGGAACAAGAGCGGUCACCUAACAACUCGCGUUUAUUCAGCGACAUGAUGGGCAAUGACGCCUUUGCAUGA